GGACCCACCCGUGCAGUGACCCACACCCCCCGCUCCCGCCCCCCCGGCCCCGCAGCCGGGCGGCCCUGGCAGGGUGGCCCUUGCCCCGCUGCCAUCCCUCGGCUCCAGGGGUGGCACUGCUGCCCGGGCGUCCCAGCGAGGGGCUGUGGGGGAGUUCUCCUCUCCCCCAGGAAGCGCCAUGGGCCCCCCCGGACCCUCUCGCACCACCUAGACGUGUCUGCAGCCAGCACCACCACCCCACCCCAGGGCAGCAGGAUGGCCCAGCAGCGCCACGCCGUGCCCCCGCCGCUCAAGACGGAGGAGGAUUACAUCCCCUACCCCAGCGUGCAUGAGGUGCUGGGCCGGGAGGGGCCGUUCCCCCUCAUCCUCCUGCCGCAGUUCGGGGGUUACUGGAUCGAGGGCACCAACCACCAGCUGAGCGGGGCCCCCGACUCGCCCCCCACCCCGGCCCCCGGCACGCGGGUAAAGCUGGAGGGCAACCACACGGCCAAGAUCUACCGCAAGCACUUCCUGGGCAAGGAGCACUUCAACUACUACUCCCUGGACCCGGCCCUGGGCCACCUCGUCUUCUCCCUCAAGUACGACGAGCAGGAGCACCUCCACCUGCUGCUGCGCACCCGCGCCCGCACCCUGCACGACGUGGUGCCCAUCUCCUGCCUGGCCGAGUUCCCCAAUGUGGUGCAGAUGGCCAAGCUGGUGUGUGAGGACGUCAACGUGGACCGGUUCUACCCUGUGCUCUACCCCAAGGCCUCCCGCCUCAUCCUCGCCUUCGACGAGCACGUGCUCAGCAACCACUUCAAAUUUGGGGUCAUCUACCAAAAACUGGGGCAGACCUCGGAGGAGGAGCUUUUCGGCACCACGGAGGAGAGCCCGGCCUUUACCGAAUUCCUCGACGUCCUGGGCCAGCGGGUGCAGCUGCGGGACUUCAAAGGGUUCCGGGGGGGGCUGGACGUGACCCACGGGCAGACGGGCAGCGAGUCCGUCUAUUGCCACUUCCGCGACAAGGAGAUCAUGUUCCACGUGUCCACCAAGCUGCCCUACACCGAGGGGGACGCCCAGCAGCUGCAGCGGAAGCGCCACAUCGGGAACGACAUCGUGGCCAUCGUCUUCCAGGACGAGAACACCCCGUUCGUGCCCGACAUGAUCGCCUCCAACUUCCUCCACGCCUUCGUGGUGGUGCAGCUGGAGCAGGGGGGCACCCAGGGCACCCUCUACAAGUCGCUGCUGGUGCCGGGGAGCCGCCGGGGACGCCGCGGCAGCGCUAUCGGGCUGGGCUCGGUGGAAGAGGCGCUGCUGGUGCCCGGGAAGAGCCCGUCCCGGCGGCGGCCCGGCCCGCUCGGCUCCCGCCGAUCCAGCGCCAUCGGCAUCGAGAGCAUCCAGGAGGCGCCGGCCGGCAGGGACGGCCCCGCCGCCCCCGAGGGCUCCAGCUCCACUCACAGCUCCCCCGAGAGCCGCCGGCACCACGACAGGGCCGAGAAGCCGGAGCCGCCGGAUUUCUCCCGCUCCUCCUCCAGCGCCAGCAGCUUCGGCAGCGCCACCGAGGAGCCCGAGCCGGGCCGGGAGAGCCGCUCACCCUCGGGGACCCACCGAGACGCCUUCCCCGACACCCCCUGGCCGGAUGACCCCCCCGGGACCCCCACAGGUCGCCGCCCCCCCGAGUCCCCCUGCCCCGAGAUCAAAAUCCAGCUGGAGCAGCCCCCCCCUAAUCCGGGCUCAUAGUCCCCCCCCACCCGCGGGGGGUCACCGCUUCGCCCCCCUCAUUCCCCCCGUGUGCCACCCCCGUGCCAGGAGCUGAAGCCAUCAUCCCCGGUGCAGGAUUCGGGGGGACCCCCCUAAAAUGGGAGUGUCCCCCCCUCCAGACAAUCUGUCAUCCCAAAUACCCCUCGGGGGGGAGGGGCAGUGAUGCACCACGAAGGGCCCCCCCCUCUGCCGUGACCCCAAAAUGAAGAGCGGGUCCAACCCCAGCAUCACGCCCUCCCUAAAAGAGAAAUGGGGGGCUCAAAUCCAGGGUAAGCCCAAAGUGGGGCUCCCCCUCCCCACCUUUAUUUUAAGGGAAAAAAAGCUCCGGAAUGGGUCGGAGGCUGGAGCUGGGGGGAGGGAAGGAUUAUUUUUUCACACCCCUCCAACUCGUGUUUGUGUUUCCCGCGAGUCCUGUAUAAAAUAAAGGUUUAUUUAUCGCUA